CUCAUGAACUGGUGUUGAUUGCUUAAUAUCUCACAGAAUAGCUUUUGGAUUUGACCAUUGCAAAGAGAAGAGCAUGCAGAUGACCACUUGACUGACACGGAAAGCCCUGUAUUUUGGUUGCUGCCAUGAACUCCCUGUCUCCUCUAGUAGUCUGUCUGUGUGUACAGAUAUCAGUGUGUCUUCUGACUGCCUCUGCUGGUGCCAGCCUGUGGGGUAAGAAAGUGCAUUUCACUGGCCGUCCGUGCUUGUGGCAGCUACAACCAGAUGUUGUGGUACCGGCCCUUAAGGAGCUGAGUGUAUGCAUGCUCUUACGCCACAACGUUUUAACAGAGUGGACAGGAUUUGCCUACAAAGCACCGGGAGGUAGAAACAUAGAGUUGGGACUUCAGGGCAAAGACGCACAGCUGAAAGUGUGGCUGUUUGGAAAUGAAAAGCAUCUGCCGUGGGAACUAAAAUCGAAUGAAUGGUCCUCCGUCUGUCUCACCUGGUCAGGCCGAGCUCGGAGGCUGAGGACCUACAUUAAUGGAACCAUUAUGCUUGAGGCCCCUCUGAAUCCCAGCCUGCCUCAACGACUGGCCCCAAACGGCACACUCACUCUGGGGGUUUCUCAUUAUGUAGAUGCAGAUGGUAAAGUGCGGCCAGAGACUUCGAAUGAGUUGCUUGGUGAGAUUGGUCUGUUCAGGAUAUGGUCCAGAGAAUGGAGCGGUGAGGAGCUGAAGAGCCAUAGCUGUGCAGAUGGAGAUGUGGUGAGCUGGGACCUGCGGCAGUGGAAACACAGCUGCCCUCCAAAGCCUGACAACAGCCUACAUUGUGCAUGGUCACGCUACAAAAUCAAAAUGUGGACAUUGAUAGUUCAAUCUAUGGAGCCUCGAAACUGUUCAGUCUCACCGGAAGUAGUCACAAGAAGUUGGCUGGAGAGCGUUUUCCCUCGCAACAUUUCUGUCGAUGACAUCUAUGUGUCAUCUCCAAGCCAUUCCUGCCAUGGGGUUAAUAAUUCUGCUGGUCUACAUGUACAACAACAUCAGGGAUCAAAAGCAGCAUCGGACCCCAUCUGUGACAAGUGUUUCAGCUGUGAAGUCCAUGUGAAUGUGGAUCCUGCUGCUAAUGUAGAAGCGGUUCAGGCAGAUAUUACUGCACUGCUGAUUUUGACCUUCUCCUACAACUUCCUCAACCUGACGGCUGACCCUAAUAGCAUCAGCAUACUUCCUGUGGAGUUGUUCCCUCCGGUGACAGAACAACCGAUGACUGUCAGCACUGGUGUUACUACAUCAGGAACAGGUCCAACUCAAAGCGCGCCAGCUCGUCCCGCUAACAUGUCAACGACAGGAGAGCCUUUAGAUCUAAAUGAGACUGCCGUUGGACCUGAUACAUUCUUUAGAGUUAAUACGACCUUAAGUAUGACCGGCAGCCCUUCAAACCCAAAGGAUGCCAUUGAAAAAUGGGUGAAAGAAGCACUGAAUGACACCAUGCUUGUGCUGAAUCUCAUCAUAAAGGAGAAUGUUGGCAGGAACAUGGAGGAAAAUGAUGAACAGACAACUUCCCAUGACCAGCAAAAACAAUAUUACUGUAGCUUCCAUAUUCAGGAGUACAACAUUAACAGUGUUGCAGAGAUGAUCAUUUUCAUAAAUGCUUCAUUGACAUCAAAGUAUGAAAAUGGCUCCAUUGUUAUUCAAGCGAUGGAUGUGUCGAUCAAGCACAUAAUGCCAGGAAAUUGUUUGGAAGAAACUACUUCAACAAUCUAUGGAAUAUAUAUUUGGCCUGAGGCAUUUCCACAAGUCAACCAAGAAAUGAGAUGUAAAAAACCAAAAUUACAAAGCGCUUACAGGCUUUGUAAGUUAAACAUUGAAACUGACAUGACCAGCUGGGCCAAGCCUGAUAUGACAAACUGCAACCAAAUGGUGACCAUGUCAGACAUUGACAAUAUCACAGUCACCACUGGUAACGCAGCUGAGGUUGUGGACAUAAUUCAGAACCUUGUGGAUAUCCAGUUAGGUGAAUGUGCAGAGCUCUCUUCCUCUGAGCUGAAUUCAGUGGUGGAUAAGCUCAAUGAAGUGGUUGAUAUCAGCAUCAUCAAACCUGCUGUUGGUGCUAACAUUCUCACUAUGAUUGGUGAUAUCCUGCUUUCCAAAACCAAUGUCACACCAGUGGCUAACAUUGUCCUUAAUCUUACAGAUAAAAUGGGGAACAAAAUGGACUUCCUAGGUGAAUCUGUAACUUUAACAGCUCCCUCACUGGCACUUUCCAUGGUCAACACAGAUGCAGAUGGAUUCACUGGCCUCACCUUUGGCGUCUCCUUCGAUUCAUCUCUCCUGAUUCCAAAUACUUUUGUAAACCAGAGCUUUGUCAGUAAACCACUCCCAGACACAAAUGCAACUAUCUCUCUGCCCUCUGCGCUCCACAACUUUUUUAAAGGAAAUACAACUCGAGUUCAGUUUCAGUUCUAUGGGACAGAUGAUCUUUUUCAGGACCCAUAUACAACCAAUUCAACAGAGAGCAGCUGGACAUUGAACUCCUAUAUAGUAUCUGCCAGUAUCAAUAACAGUCAUGUCAGGAACCUGAAGGAUCGAGUGGUGGUGACCCUCAGUCAUCUAACACCCAAACAGCCAGAAGACAAUGUAGAAUGUAUGUUUUGGGAUUUCCUGAAGAACAGUGGGCAGGGUGGUUGGAACAACAAAGGGUGUGAAACCCACAGUGUUUCUUUUUAUCAGACCAGCUGUCACUGUGAUCACCUCACACAUUUCGCUGUGCUCCUGGAUGUGUCUAGAACCCCCAUCGGUGAGGCCGACAGUAAGAUUCUGACUGUGAUUUCAUAUCUUGGUUGUGGUAUAUCCUCCAUCUUUCUGGGCAUCACUCUAAUCAGCUACCUCGCAUUUGAGAAGCUGCGUCGGGACUACCCAUCUAAGAUCCUCAUCAACCUGUCAGCUGCCCUGCUGGGCUUGAACAUGAUCUUCCUUCUUGAUGCUUGGCUCUCAUCCUUCUCCAACUAUGGUCUGUGCAUCGCUACUGCUGCAUCGCUGCACUACUUCAUGCUGGCUUCUUUCACCUGGAUGGGCCUGGAGGCUGUGCACAUGUACCUCGCCCUGGUCAAAGUCUUCAACAUCUAUGUUCCUUCUUACAUUCUCAAGUUCUGCGCUGUAGGAUGGGGUAUUCCUCUGGUCAUAGUCAGCCUGGUGCUGGCUAUAGAUAAAGAUGCCUACGGCAACACUGUGGCUGAGGAGGCUGCAGUCAUGCUUCAAUCCCCUGACCAAUUCUGUUGGCUGCAGAAUGACGUCUUCUUCUAUGUGACGGUGGUGGCAUUUGUUCUUCUGAUCCUGUUGUGCAACAUCUCUGUCUUCAUCGUGGUUCUGAUUCAGAUCAGACAGAUGGGGGCCAAUAAGUCCUCAGCAAACAGCCGCAGCUCUCUGCAGGACUUGAGGGCAGUGGCUAGUCUCACUGUCCUGUUAGGCCUGACGUGGUCAAUGGGCUUGUUUUCCUUUGGGCCAGGCAAAGUGGUCCUGAUGUACCUGUUCUCCAUCUUCAACACUUUCCAGGGUUUCUUUGUUUUUUUGUUCCACUGUUUGAUGAAGGAAAAUGUGAGGAAACAGUGGAGAAUCCACUUGUGCUGUGGACGUUUCAGACUCAGUGAUAACUCAGACUGGAGCCGCUCCAUAACAGUGGGUAGUCGCAACAAAAAGAAGAAUCUUGUUAACUCUGACUCAGUUGCUUCUGACGACACGUCCACCAUCAGGAAGGUCUCCGACUCUUCCACAGGAUCAGCACCAAAUCACCACCACCAGGGGGCAUGAGUGGCCUCUGUGUGUGUCAUUCUGUAUUGCUCUUCCUCCCAGCUGGGCCGGCCCUGUACAUCUGGGGCCCUAAGCAGAAUAAGUUUGGGGACCCUGUGUGGCAGUGGAUACACAUUGAAGAAUUCAUAGAACCAGCAAACAUAUGCAAUUAUAACCCUUAUGCAUUGUAUUUGUACCUGGGCUGCAGGUCUUUUUCUGCUAAUUAAAUA